AUGUCUAACCCACUAUAUUUUUCUUUACCCUCCCCUUUAAGAGCGAGCAUACCAUUAAAAAAAUGCCUAAUUUUUGAGGAAAUAGCACCCUUUAUAAAGCAAGCAAAAAUUAUAUAUAUAUAUCUAUUAAAUCGCUAGAACGAGAUCUCAAGCCAAUUCUAUUGGAUUUUACAAAGCUUGAAUUCUUAAGGAUAUAUUUUAUAAAUUAAUUAGAUUUUUUUGUUCUAAUGUUUGAAAAUUUGGGUAUUAUCAGAACUUUUUAUGAAUAAUUUUAAUAUAUGAUUUCUCAGAUGUGUUUGAUGUAGGAGCUGACUUCUACUUGUUUAAAAUUCUCAACAGUCUUCAUACUUGUAUGGCAUGUUGAAAAUUUUCCUACAUAAGAGGAUUAGAUAAUUAAAUAUUAUUACUAAUGCCUACUAAGAGGCUGUCCUUUGUUGAAUUUCUAUAGCUUUCCAUUCUCCAAUGUCUUCUAUAUUCCAAGCACUAUCAGAAUUUUUUGAGCUUAAAUAAAAUAUAUCCCUCAAGAUUAUUCUGCUCUCUCUUAAAGGGGGAAGUUAGGCUAUGUGUCAAAAUUAAAAUAAAUGCAAAGCGUAAACAUAUUUAUUCAAAUAUUCAUUCAAAAAUUCUCUAAAUAAGGAUUAAGAAAUUCUCCCAUCCCCAUAUCUUAAUCAGGCUCCCAAAAGUCCCUCAGGACAUUUUACAAGAAAAGUCUCGGCAGGGUUACCACAACAAAUACAAAUACACAAAAAAGCUCUCUCGCUCCAGCAGUAAAAGUCCAUUUAGCCCUAAUCUUAGAUUUUUCGACAAUAUGUCUCCAACCUUCGGAAAAGACAAACUCUAUAUCAUCAAUAGCCGAGUUCCUUCAAUUUCACGACCUGGAAUAA